AUGCAUGCCACAAUUCUGAAGAACAGUCUCCAAUGUUGUCUGCUGUUGGCGCUCACCACACUCGCAAUAUCAGAAGCAGAUGCUGACAGAUCAGCAGAUAAUGCCGCGCCAUUCAGCGAUCAGCAUCUCAAUACACUCGCUGAUGAACUGGCCGCGGAAACGGGAUCGGACUCAGCGGCAGAAACACCACACAUACGCAAAAAACGUCUUGUUUGGAUCACCGAUGAUGGACGACUGGCAUUGCCGCCGGGCACUUCAUUGACUUUGACGCCAACUAUAGCACUCCCAUUGGUCAGACAUCCGCCCGAGGGUUUCUUCUCCAAUAUCACCAUAAGUUUUCCCGUCACAAUUGACUUUGACAAAUUGGGCCUGACGGAUAACCAGAAUCCUCUGGGCGAUCUGCCGCCAAUCUUUGCCCGCUCCUUUGGUCACGGUGCCGGUCACAUGCUGGGUGAAUAUGUAGCUCGAUAUUUGCACGUCCAGCGCCGGAAACGAGAUCUGAGCGCUCAGAGGAGCAGCAGCUUCGAAAAGCCGGCUUUUGUCGUGCAUGAAGACCCACAAUAUCCUGAGCUGCCAGCUGGCUUUAAGCAUAUCUUCCACGGUGGCGAAAGAGUGCUCCUCUAUGGCGUGGUCGAGGACUUCCUAGCUACCUUCGGCAUGGAUGGCAAGGCGUGUCUGUUGCGCACGAUAUGUGAGAUGCACUCGCGUAGUUUGGAAAAAUUUGGCGUGUUCGGAGAGAUGACAAAGCUGUUCCUCACAGUCACGAAGUCGCCCUUUGCUGACCUACUGCCUGAAUAUGUGAGAGCGCAGCAGGUGGGCGAGGGACGUCAGGCACCGGGCGAGUGUUUUCCCUACUACAAGGCCUGCCCCAAGAGCAUAUUCAAGGCUUUGGCUAACAAAUACCGAAAUCCUACAGCAGCAACAACAAGAACAACCACAACUACGGCAAGACCGUCGGGCGAAUAUUAUGAACAGGAAGCAUUGGAGCUGCCUAGCAGUCAGGAGCACUUGAGCAGAAAUGCGUUGCCCAUGGAGCGGGAAACAAGAGUUGUAAUGUAAC